AUGGCUACUAUAAAUUCCACAAUCUUCCAUGCCUACGCCUACGGCACAGCAUUCUGGUACGGCCUCCGCGGCCUCUGCCGGAUCUACGACCCCAUCAUGGUCGUCGGCUGGUUCCGCCCACCCUCGCAGGCCAACCUCGCACCCAACGACCUCGAGCUCUACAACGUGCGCAACGACGGCUGGUGUCUGAUUACGCUUGCCUUGAUCCUCGUUUCCUUCACGAAUGCUGUGCCAGCGGCUGGGACUUCGAAGUCUAGCGGCGCCUUGCCGUAUGCGAAAGCUGUGGUCGCUGCGACGGUGUUCCAUCAUAUCACGACGGGCAUUGGCGCGUACCAGCAUUAUAAGUUGGAUAGCCAUUAUAAUAUGAGUAUGGCGAUUGGGGUGUGGGCGAAUGUUUGGUUGACUUUGACGGGUGGGAUCACGUUGGGGAGCUUGCUGAGUAGUGCGGGAGAAAAGAGUGUUGACGAGGUGACCAAGAAGGUUAGAUAG